CGUGACGUCAGGACGCCGUGCGUGCCGCGUCACGUUUGCCGAGCAAGAUGGCGGCGCCCUGAGUAGCAGAACGUUUUGUUUAAUUUUUGAAGUGUGGGGUGUAAAGACUCGAGAAAGUCAAUAAAGAUGCCUGCCGUGCUGAACCUUAACAAUGAGGUGGUCAGGCUGAGGGCGGAGGUGAAAAGAGUAAGGGUGCUCAUCAUCCGGAAGCUCAUCCGCCAGAUCUUGGUACUGGAGAAGAAGAAAGGAAGUCAGGAGGACUUGGAGAAGCACCGCAGGCGAGCGGCGAGACUUCUGGAGGAGAUCCAAGAGCUGAAAGUUAUCGUGCCCGACAAAGUCACGAAGACCGCUCUGCAGAUGGAGAUCAGCUUCGAGAAGGUGUGCAAGAAUAAAGAGGCCACCCUGUCCGAUCGAGCCAUUGCGCGAAUUGCCACGCACCCACAGUUCAACAAGAAAAUCCAGAGCCUUAAGGAUGCUAUCAAAGCCUUCAAAGACGAAAGAAUAAAUGAGAUGAACUCUGAGAAACAAGUGAAAAAGAAGGCAGACGAUUUGAAAGAUCAGCCACUAGAAGUCAAUGAUGAUGAAGGUCCUGAGAAAUCAGACGAUGACGAGAAGAAACCGAAUGAAGAGGAGGGUGAUGAAAUGAUAGAUAAACCUCAUGAGGACUCGAGCGUCGAAGAGGUUUUGCUCAAGAUGAGAAGGGAGGCGAAGAACAUAAGGGUGCUGGUCUUGGGUAAACUGACGCGGAAAAUGGGUGCUCUGAAGAAGAAAAAAGGUCCGGAAUCUGUGGUGAACCAAGAACUGAUAGCAGAACUCAUGAAAGACAUCCAGGCAUUAAGGAACCUUAAACCAGACCAGCCCACCAUUACAGCUCUUCAACAGAACGUCGAACUUGAGAAGGUUUUGCAGGACCCUCAGGCAAGCCCGAUGGACAGAGUCAUCGCACACAUCGUCACACAUUCCCGGUUCAUCAACAAACUUCAAAAAGUGAAAAAUGUGAUUGAAGAGAAAAAAGCUAAGGCAGCAGAAGCCAAACGGAUAGAGAUGGACAGACCGAAGAAUGAUGGAAUGACAGCCAUUGAGGAGGAGGAGGAGGAGGAGAAGGAGGAGGAUGGUGAAGAGGAGGAGGAUGACAGUGAAGAAGAUAAGGAUGAGGAGGAGGAUGAUAGUGAAGAAGAUGAGGAGGAAGAGGAUGAUAGUGAAGAAGAUAAGGAUGAGGAGGAAGAUGAUAGUGAAGACGAUAAGGAGGAAGAUGAUGAUGAUGAAGUAGGAGUGGAAAAACUGAGCAGUCUUUCCAUUGAAAUCCAUAAGCCAGCAGAGAGCACAGGCUCUGAUGCUGUAAAGUUGCCACCGAUCCAAGUGAUCACAACACCUGAAAAAUCCAAAGCAACCAUAGUCAAAUCACAGAAUGCCAAGGUCACAUCUUCAAAAGUUUCCCCUAAAAAGUCUUCAACCGUUAGCAAUACAGAGUCUAAACUACCAAUAAACGUAAAAAAAACAGAGAAAGAAACUGAAAACACCAUAAAGCCAGAAACGAAAGCUCGGUCACAAAAGGACAACGAAGAGAGCGAUCUAUCAGACGACGAUGAAGAGAAGGAAUACUUCGACGACAGCACAGAGGAGCGUUUCCGUAAGCAGUCAUCUCAGUCGGAAGAGAGCGAUGAAGAUGACUUCUUCCUCAGCAAAGUUAGCAAAUUUAAGAAAAGGAAAAGUGGCAAAGCUAAAGUUCAGGCCAAAGAAACCCAAGCAGUUGAAAAACCUCAAGAGACCAACCUUGGUAAAUUUGAGUCUGAUUUCUGCUCAACCCUGUCCAAAUCCAGCGCCUCCUCGCAGAGUGCCGAGCAUGGCUCUCGUCACGAUGGGUCAAGACCACCUCGGUUUCAGAAUCAGAAGAAGGGUCCUGACGGCAGGAUGAAACCAUCUCUGUAUAAAGACCGGGGCAAUGACAGGAGGGCGGCGCCUUUCAAAACCAACAAACAAACAUUUAAAUAUGCUGGACAAAGGCAAGAUGGACCUCCAGGAGCCGGGAGGGGACGGUCACAGUUUGAGCAGCAUCAGAACCAGAAUAGCAGAGGUCCGGCUGGCAAGAUUUCAAAUCCACAGCAACAAUCGCUUCAUCCUUCAUGGGAGGCUAGCAGGAAGAGGAAAGAACAGCAGGCACAAAUCCCAGUGUUCCAGGGGAAAAAAAUCAGAUUUGAUGAUUAAGUUGUAUCGACUGAAGUCUAAAUAUCUUGAUAUUUUAAAGCAUCUGUCUGUAUUUACUGUGAAUGUCUAUAAAACAUAUGUUGCAAAUGUCUUUGUUUCUGCACAUUCGAUGAUUGGUUCUUUUUGUCUUGUACGUGCAUUUAAUCAAAAUGCUUUUCCGUCUGUAAAAUAAGACCGUUUAAAAGUGUUUUUCUCUUUUCUAAGAGUCUAAAUCCUUCAUUAGACAAUUCAAUUUCCAGGAUUUCUCAAGCGAUCUUGUUAAAUCAUUUUUAUGUGGAUGAUUUGUAUACAUUUUGACUCCAAAAUGUGACCAUGCUUUGAUUUACUGUUUUUUUCUACAUAAAACCAUCCUACAUAAUGUAAAUAACAUUAUGUGGAAGUAUAACCUUGAUAUCUGUAAUAUGACAGGUUGAUGGCUGAAAUGACGGUUGAAAUCAAACUUUAAUGCUUGUUGAGACUUUCGUCUGGAUUUCACAUACAGCUGUGGAAAAAAUGAAGAGACCAUGUUAACAUUGUUUUCAGUUUUUCUGAAUUAUCUAGUUAUGUGUUUAUGCAAAAUGGUCAUAUUUGUUUUGUUCUCUGACUACUAACAACAUUUCUCCCAAAUUUCAAAUAAAAUUAUUGGUUCUAUUCACAUUUAUUUGCAGAAAAUGAAAACUGAAGAGAAAAUAUGCUCUGUAUUUUUUCAGACCUUAAAUACUGCCACGAAAACAAAAAAUUAUACACGUAUUUAGGAAACGUUCAAAAAUAUUUUUUAUGUAAUGACCUCAAUUUUAUCACAGUUUUCAUGCGUCUUGUCAUGCUGUCAGUCACGUUGAUGUUGGAUGACUUUGUCACUCCUGAGGUUGGAUUUUCUUUAAACAGACACUGGACUUGGAAUGACCACAAUACAUCUAGAAAUGCUGAUUAAAUGAAAAUUUGUAAUGGUCUUAAUUUUUUCCACGGCUGUAUUUCACACUUGACACUUUCAUUUUGUAAUACAUUUAGAUAUUUUCCUUUUGUAGUUUAGAGGCUUGUUCAAAUGUUCACGAUGAUUUAUUGUACAUAUAAAUGAUAUAUAUAUGCAAGUUGAUUAGUGUUUAUUUGCUAUUUGUUUAAUGACUACAUUACUUGACAGUUAUUUAGAAACUAGGCUUAUUUUAAUAGAUUAAAUACUAAAAUAGUUGAUCUUAACAUUUUUGACCUCAAGUCCCCUCCCUCCAUUGUCCACACAACAAUAUCUGAUGCCCCACUCUUCAUUUCCACCCAAUUAAAUAUAUUAGAGCUUGACAGAACUAAAAAUAAAAAUGUAUGUUAUUUGUAACA